CAAUGCAAUGCACUGCCCUUUGCUUUGCCCUGGAGGCUGGGGCCGGGCCUCUGCUUUGCCGUUUGCUUUUUGGCAUUGCGCAGCAGCUUGAACCUCUUUGGAUCAGACUGAGAAGUUCGGGGAGCGUCCUUGACGAGUCCUUUAUGGGCCGUUUGCCGCAGCUAGGCAACAGGGCUGCUGAGGUUUCGGAGGGGUGCUUUGAAGGUUGCAUGCAUGAAGAGUACGAGGCGGGAGGUUCAGUAAGGAGUUGAUUGCAGCUAAGCGGCUGAACUGCCUUUCUCCCGAAGAUGGUGGAGCCACGUGGGCAGCUCCAGUUGACGUUGGCGAGUCUUUCCUCCAACAUGCAUGACGCCCUGCUACAGCUGACCUCCAAUGACGAUUCCGACAAGAAUGACAAUGCGGAGUCUGCAUUGGCCCCAUUCGAGCAUCCCCAGCUCCCACUGUUUCUCCAUAAGCUGGACAAGCUGAAAGCGCAACUAAACAAGACGUGUGAUGGUUGGAGGAGUAGAUGUGUUGAACUGCAAACGCAGGCUGGGAGGCAGAUGCAGCACUUUCAACGCAGCCUACAAGCAACCGCCCAAAGACUCCCACACCAAUUUAAGCGUCCUCCCGGCCAAAGUCCUCGCAGGAGAAAGGCGAAUCGAGGUUUGCACUUAGUCAGUGCGGUCGGCAAUCCUGCACGUGCAAAGGUUGGGGCAAGCAGCAGCGCAUCCGGUGUGGGGGCCAGCAAGAAUGCACUUGCGGGGGGCCUGGCCGGGGGCUUGGUCGCCUUGUCUCUGUAUCCGGUGGACACCAUCAAGACCCUGGUACAGGCAGAGACAGGGGCUGGCCAGCGGUCAAUUCCCCGCAUCUUCCAGAAGCUGGUGGAGAAACAUGGGAUGUUUGGGCUGUAUCGAGGAUUGGGCAGCAACCUAGUGACGGCCACCCCGAUCUCUGCCAUCUAUGCCAGCACGUACGAGGCCGUGAAAGAGGUGCUGCUGCCCCACCUGCCACCGAAGUUCCAGUCGGUGGCCCACUGUAGCGCGGGGGCAGCCGCCAGCGUGGCCACCUCGUUUGUGUUUACCCCCAGCGAGGUGGUCAAGCAGCGCAUGCAGUACACCAGCCAGUACGCCAACAGCUGGUCGGCUUUCUUGGGCAUUCUGCGAACAGAGGGGAUCACCUCGCUGUACAACGGGUGGGGAGCUGUGCUCGCCAGAAACAUUCCGAACUCCAUUAUCAAGUUCUACACGUACGAGAGUCUCAAGAAGCUGGCUCUGGACAGGCGGCCCGGAGCCACCCGGCUCACGCAACUAGAGUCGCUCGUGAUUGGCGGCGUGUCCGGCGUCUCGGCGGCCUUCUGCACUACACCCUUCGACGUGGUCAAGACCAGGCUGCAGAACCAGAUGCCGGGCCAGACGAUCCAGUACGGCGGGGUCACGGAGUGCUUAAGAAAGAUUGUCGCGGAAGAAGGCGUGGCCGGCCUGUACCGGGGAGUCGGGCCGCGCCUCUUCAUCUACGUUUCUCAGGGGGCCAUCUUCUUUGCAUCGUACGAAGUGCUCAAACGCGUGCUGCAAGACGAGUGGCGCAUUGCGCCAAGAGAAGGGGGCACAAUCGGAUACAAGGAAUCCGCGCCCGCCCCGUUGCAGAAGGCGGCCAAGAUAGGAUAGCUGUUUCACGGGGAGCCCGAUUGCGACAUGAUGUAACGAUGUGUGUUUGGACGUCGAAUUUCAUGUUGUGCAUGUCAACCAACGCAUACUGUCUGAUGGAAGAGCACCUGGUUCUUGACUGGUCCAAUCUUCCGGGAAACGUUUCAAAGCACGCGCGUCUUGGGAAAGGCACCGCUGUUUUGCUUCGAAAUGCGGCUUUGCUUUUCUGAAUUCGAUGGAGUACAUCAAGAACUGAACUAGGGAAGUUGAGAUUUCCGAGGAGAGUACAACCCGCUCACGAACGUCCUCUACAGGUGAUAGGCAUUCAAUGAAGCAGCUUGCUAGGGUAAAAACUUCAACUACGCACAUCUAAAUCGGUCGCAUGAAGGUCCAAUAUCAGCAGGUCCAAUAUCAUAAUAGAAUCAGAGCGCGCGGCCGAACAAUCAC